GCCGGGCUCCUCCUCCUGCCCGAAGCCCCAGCCCUGGCCUGGGCCUCGGGGACACUGGAGCAGAGCUGGCCCUGAGUCGCCAUGGACACUGAAGGCCUGCCACUCCUGCUGCCUCCUACCGCGCUGGCAGCCCUGGCCAACAGCUGGCUCCAAGAGGACUGCCCAGGCCUCAACUUCGCAGCCCUGGCCUCAGGGGCCUUCCCUGCCCGGGCCGCACUGUGGGCCAAAUCCCGGGGCAUCCUGGCCGGGAGGCCCUUCUUCGACGCCGUCUUUGCCCACCUCAGCUGCCAAAUCUCCUGGCUUCUCCCCGAGGGGUCAAGGCUGGAACCGGUGGUGAAGGUGGCCGAAGUCCGGGGCCCUGCCCACCACCUGCUGCUGGGGGAGCGGGUGGCCCUGAACAUACUGGCCCGCUGCAGUGGGGUCGCCAGUUUAGCUGCUGCCGCCGUGGAGCUCACCAAGGCUGCCGGCUGGAGCGGGCAGGUGGCUGGCACGAGGAAGACCACGCCCGGCUUCCGGCUGGUGGAGAAGUACGGGCUCCUGGUGGGGGGGGCUGCCUGCCACCGGUACGACCUGGGCGGGCUGGUGAUGGUGAAGGACAACCACGUCGUGGCAGCGGGCAGCGUGGAGAAGGCAGUGCAGGGCGCCCGGCUGGCUGCAGGCUUCUCGCUGAAGGUGGAGGUGGAGUGCGGCAGCCUGCAGGAGGCGAUGCAGGCGGCCCUCGCAGGCGCUGACCUGGUCAUGCUGGACAACUUCAAGCCUGAGGGAUCAAACUCAGGACCUUGCACCUUCGAGGCAGAGGACGGAACCACUGAGCUAAAUCCCUGGCCCCUACGAUGCCCCAGGAUGUUGACCAUUGUUCUCCUGGCCCUUCUCUGUGCCUCCACCUCUGCCAAGGCCGCGCUGGCAAGGUCCUCCUCCUACAAUGGGGAGUAUGGAGGUGGUGGAGGAAAGCGAUUCUCCCACUCGGGCUACCAGCUGGAAGGCCCCAUCACUGCCCUCCGUGUCAGAGUCAACAAGUACUUCAUCGUAGGUCUCCAGGUGCGUUAUGGAAAAGUGUGGAGUGACUAUGUGGGUGGCAAAUCCGGAGACCUGGAGGAGAUCUUUCUGCACCCCGGGGAGUCUGUGAUCCAGGUGUCUGGCAAGUACAAGUCCUACCUGAGGAAGCUGGUCUUUGUGACAGACAAGGGCCGCUACCUGCCUUUUGGGAAGGACACAGGCACAAGCUUCAACGCCCUCCCCUUGUAUCCCAACACUGUGCUCCGGUUCAUCAGCGGCCGAUCCGGUUCUGUCAUCGACGCCAUUGGCCUGCACUGGGACAGCUACCCCAGUGACUGCAGCAGCUGCUGAGCCCACCUCCCCCUGGCAGGGGCGUGAAAACACCAUCACGACCCCAUGCAGGUGGCUUAAUAAAAGGAUAUAGCUAACAUUGGUCUGCA